UACAACUCUACCAUGCAGAGUAUUUAGCACACAAUGUUCAGUGCAGUACCUACCAUGUACCACUGACAAACUUUAGCCAACACAGUGGAAUCACAUCAGGUAAUAUUACAUUGCAGCUCUAGCUCAGCUCUAGCUCUACUCACAUGUACAUCAUGCACAGUCGUUAACGCGUAGUCUUUAUGUGCAUGCAGUACCUACCACUGACAAGCUGCGGCCAGUAGAAGAUCCAAUUGGCAAAACAACGUAAAGUUGGAUCGUCAUCGCAUCACAUGCGGACCAGGCAAGGGCCGGGCGAUACUUUGCUUCAGACAGAGGCGUUACAGAAAAUCACGAUUCUACCGAAGAGAAACAUCAUGUCUUUUGGAUUUUCGUUGAUGAUUACACUCAGUCUGGUGUCUAUGGUUGCCAGUCUGCCGGCCUCAACAAGCAAGGAUCGUGUGAACAAUGAAAAGAUUACACAUUUAAUGGAGGACAUAUUUUUCAACCCUGACACCUGCCAAGAGAGAUCCACCGACACCACCUACCGGUACAGGUGGGAUCUGCAGGGUAUCGCCGCCUCACCGUUGACUUUUGAAGCCAGGGCCAGUAAUGAUGUUCGCAUCGGUCUGUCAGCGGAGGACCGGGAUCUGGACUACAUGUACGAGAUCGUCAUCGGAGGUGACGGCAACACCAGGUCAUUCAUCCGCCGAGACGUAGGCGCCAGACUGGUAGAAGUUCCCACACCAGGGAUUCUCUCUGGUACCGAGUUUCGCGGCUUCUGGAUAGCUUGGUCGGGGGAUGGCACCGUCUCAGUCGGCAAAGAGGGCGGACGCACCCCCUUCAUGCAGUGGACCGAUCCACAUCCUCUUCCUGUCAACUAUGUCGGCUAUACUACUGCCUAUGGCAGCACCGGGGACUUCAAGUUUAGCUGUUAA